CGUGCGCCAAAACUCGGAACAGGCGACGUCGCGCAUAAGAUAUCUAUUCAAUUAGAAACAGUGUUCUGGUUCUGCUGCCGGAAGCAGAAGAGAAAGAAGCGGCGGAACUCGGGUGGAGACAGAGGAUGGCGUUCGGUGACUCGGAUGUGGACAUACUGAAGCCUCGUACUGACAAGAGGGCGUAUCGCAGGGUUGUCCUUCCCAACGCCCUCGAGGUCCUCCUCAUCAGCGACCCCGACACCGAUAAGUGUGCUGCUUCGAUGAAUGUUAGUGUGGGUUCGUUCAGCGACCCUGAUGGUCUUGAAGGUCUGGCCCAUUUUCUCGAACACAUGCUCUUUUAUGCUAGUGUAAAGUACCCAGAGGAAGAUAGUUAUUCAAAGUACAUAUCAGAGCAUGGAGGCAGCACAAAUGCAUAUACUGCUUCUGAACAUACAAAUUUUUACUUUGAGGUGAAUUGUGACUGUUUUGACGAAGCAUUGGACAGGUUCGCUCAGUUUUUCAUCCAGCCUUUGAUGUCUCCUGAUGCUACAUUGAGGGAAAUAAAAGCUGUUGAUUCUGAAAACCAAAAGAACCUGUUAUCUGAUGGCUGGAGAAUGAAUCAGCUUCAGAAGUAUCUCAGCUCAAAAGGUCAUCCGUACCACAAAUUUGGAACAGGGAACUGGGAGACUUUACACGUGAAACCAAACGAAAACGAGAUUGAUACAAGGGAGCAGCUAGUGAAGUUUUACUUGGAGAAUUAUUCUGCAAAUAUAAUGCAUCUUGUAAUUUAUGGAAAAAAAAGUCUUGAUGAGAUCCAAGCUAUGGCAGAAGAGAAAUUUCAAGGUGUUUCUAAUAACAUGCUGAAGUGUGUUUCUUUUCAUGGUCAGCCAUGUGCUUCUGAGCACCUUCAGAUCCUGGUCAAAGCCGUCCCUGUAAAGCAAGGCCAUGUGUUAAAUUUCGUUUGGCCUAUAACUCCGGAGAUAAGAUAUUAUGAGAAGGGUCCUUGUACAUAUAUUGGUCACCUUAUUGGGCAUGAAGGCGAGGGAUCUCUUUUUUUUCUUCUGAAAAAGCUGGGGUGGGCUACCAGUCUUGCUGCUGGUGAAGGGGAUUGGAGUUGUGAAUAUUCCUUCUUUGUUGUGGCUAUUGAUCUUACUGAUGCAGGUCAUGAGCACAUGGAAGAUAUAGUUGGGUUGUUGUUUAAAUACAUCAAUCUUCUGAAAAGUUCUGGGGUGAAAGAAUGGAUAUUUGAUGAGAUCAGGGCGAUUCGUGAGACUGAGUUUCAUUUCAAAGACAAAGUCCGUCCAAUUGAUUAUGUGUCUAGACUUGCUUCUAACAUGCAUCUUUAUCCGCCACAUGAUUGGCUUGUAGGCUCAUCACUUCCUUCUAAGUUCUGUUCAGACACUAUCUACAUGAUACUAAAUGAUCUCACUCCAAAUAAUCUCAGAAUCUUCUGGGAAUCAAAGAGUUUUAAAGGCCACACAGAUAUGGUGGAGCCGUGGUACCAAACUGAAUUUUCUGUUGACAAAAUAACUGAUGCCAUUGUACAGAAAUGGAUAGAUGCAUCCCCUAAUGAUGAACUUCAUUUGCCCGCACCAAAUUUAUUCAUUCCCACUGAUUUAGCAAUUAAAGAAGUGCAACAACAGGCCAAAUAUCCAUUUUUGCUACGAAAAACUUCUUUUUCAAGAUUGUGGUACAAGCCAGAUAACUUGUUCUUCACUCCGAAGGCUUUUAUCGAGAUAGAUUUCAGCUGUCCUGAGUCACGCCAUUCUCCUGAUGCUGAAGUCCUCACUGAUAUUUUCACACGUUUACUGAUGGAUUAUUUGAAUGAUUAUGCUUAUGAUGCACAAGUUGCUGGUUUGAGAUACAAGAUAUCUCAAUCUGAUUUUGGUUUCCAGUUGACUGUGUUUGGAUACAACCACAAAAUGAAGCUAUUGCUGGAUGCCAUAAUUGAAAAAGUUGCUCAAUUUGAAGUAAAACUGGAAAGGUUUUCUGUAAUCAAGGAAAGCAUGGUAAAGGAGUAUGAGAACUUCAAGUUUAGACAGCCAUAUCAGCAGGCAAUGUACUAUUCGGCUCUAAUAUUAGAGGACAAUUCAUGGCCUUGGAAUGAGAAACUUGAGGCUCUUGUUCAUCUUGAAGCUGAAGACCUCUCAAAAUUUUCUCAUCUCUUGCUCUCCAGGACAUUUUUUGAGUGUUAUGCUGCAGGUAACAUCGGACCUAGUGAAGCAGAGACCUUGGUUAUUGAUAUUGAAAAGAUAUUGUUUCAUAGUCCAAAACAUAUGUGCAAACCUUUGUUCUCUUCACAGUUCUUGACAAAUAGAAUUGUCAAGCUUCAGACUGCAAGAAGCCAUUUCUACCCUGUUCAAUGCCUUAACCAAGAUAAUGAGAAUUCUGCACUACUAUUCUAUGUUCAGGUUGAUCUGGAUGAUUUGGUACUAAAUAUAAAGCUUCAGCUCUUUGUUCUUGUUGCAAAGCAGCCAGCAUUCCAUCAGCUCCGUACAGUUGAGCAGCUUGGUUACAUUGCGAUACUGAUGCAGAGAAACGACUCUGGAAUUCGUGGAUUGCAGUUUAUUGUUCAGUCCACUGUGAAGGACCCUGGACAGCUUGAUGAGAGGGUGGAGGCAUUUUUGAAGAUGUUUGAAGACAAACUUUGUGCACUGUCUAUUGAGGAAUUUGAGAACAAUGUAAAUGCAUUGAUUGAGAUGAAACUGGAGAAACACAAGAACCUGAGAGAGGAAUCUCUAUUUUAUUGGCAAGAGAUUGUAGAUGGCACAUUCAUAUUUGACAGGAAGGAAGCUGAGGUUGCUGCUUUAAGGAAACUCACGCGGGAAGACUUGAUUGAAUUCUUUGAUACCUACAUUAAAGUUGGAUCUCCUCAAAGAAAAAAGCUCAGUGUGCAGGUUUUUGGGGGUCGACAUUCAUCUGAAUAUAAUGGUGCAGUCUGCAAUGAGCAUGAUUCAUCUGUCUAUUGCAUUGAUGAUAUAUUCUCCUUCAGAAAGUCGCAAGCUCUAUAUGGCUCUGUCAGAGGAGGUAUUGGCCUUGUGAGGUUAUAGUUGUAACUUUGUCUUGAUUGUAGUUUAGUCAGUCAGAAAAUUGUACUCUCUCUCUCGAUUGUGUAUGAUCAACAUUCGUUCUUAUUUGGCAUUAACAACAUUUGUAGCAUGGACAUUGCCUUCUCUUGAAAUUGCCCACACGAGAGGACACAACUUAAUAGAAAUUUGUUAAUACAUUGCAGUGAAUUUGUCCACUAAA